AUGGCCUCGUCCGGCGGCGGCGUCAUCGUGCUGGACGAAUGCGAGGAAGAAGAGGAAGGGGCCGCCCCCGCCGCCGCCGCCGCCCCUCCUGAGCCCCCCGGGGCCCCGCCCAACGGAGGAGGCCCCCCCGCCGCCGCCGCCGCCGCCCCCCCGGCCAAGGACCCCGAGAGCCUGCGGGCCGAGAACCAGCGCCUCUUCCGGGAGUUUGUCGACUUUUGCUCCCAGCACACCGCGGAGCACCCGGAGGUGAUGCCCUACCUGGCCAGCCGCCACCAAAAGACCGGCCCCCAGUUUCUGGCCUCCGUGGAGUUCCGCAACGUGCUGGGCCGCUGCCUGACACGCGUGCAGGCCAAGCGCACCAAGGUCUACGUGUACAUCAAUGAGCUCUGCACCAUCUUCAAGGCCCAUUCCCAGAAGAGGAAGCUGGUGCCGGCUUCCGCCACCGCCAACGAGGCCUCCGCCCCCGUGGGCCCCUCAGAGCCGCAAGCCGAGCCCCCCCAGCCUCAGGGGGACACCAAACGGCAGAUCCGGUACCUGGAGAACUUGCUGCGUGUCUACGCGGUGGAGAUUCGGCGGCUACAAGAGCGGGAGCUGGACUUGGAGGAGCUGGACCGCGAGGACUCGGCCUACCUGCAGGAGAGCCGCUUGAAGAAGCGCAUGAUGCGCAUCUUUGAGCGCCUCUGCGAGCUGAAGGACUGCAACAGCCUGACGGGACGCGUCAUCGAGCAGCGCAUCCCCUACCGCGGGACUCGCUACCCGGAGGUCAACCGCCGCAUCGAGCGCCUCAUCAACCACCCGGAGGCCUUCCCGGACUACAACGACAUCCUCAAGGUGGUGCAGAAGGCCAACACCCGCCACAGUCUGGGCCUGCCCAAGCGCCAGAUGGAGGGCAUGGCGGCCGACGCCUUCCGGGAGGUGGGCAACCGCCUGCAGGAGCGGCGCCACCUGGACCUGGUCUACAACUUUGGCAGCCACCUCACUGACCAGUACCGGCCAGGUACCGACCCCGCGCUGAUGGACGGGGAGCUGGCCCGACGCCUGCGGCACAACCGGGAGCGGGGCCUGCAACGGCUGGAGCAGGUGGUCUCCCACUACGCACAGCUGCAGGACAAGGGCGAGGAGGAGGAAUGGCGGAAGAAGCGGGGGCUGCCCCCCAGCGGUGCCAGCAGCCACCAUCAGGGGGAGCCGGCCUCCCCCAGCUCCGGCAAAGAGGGCAGCCUGAGUCCCAGAGCGGCCAGAAAGGAGGCUUCGCAGGCGGACGAGGAAGAGGAUGAAGAGGAAGAGUCCUCCUCUGAGUCGGACAUCGAGGCUGAAUGGGAGAAGGGCCUGGAGGGGAGCGGGGAGGAUGAAGAGGGCCCUCCUCCGCCAGAUGAUGAAACUCCCCCUGUCCAGGAGGCGGAGGCUGACCAGCACCUGGAUCCGGAGGCCCCAGAGGUGGUUCUGUACUCCUCUACUGAUGAGGAGGAGGAGGAAGAGGAGGAGGAUGAUGAAGAAGCAGCAGCAGCUGGGGCGGAGGGAGAGGACGAAGCCCGGCAGGGACAAGAGCCGCCCUGUGAGCCCCCAGCCCAGCUCCUUGUGCCGGAGAUGGAGGAGACGCCACCCCUGGAAGGCGGAGAGACACCCCCGCCCUCCCCCCUGCCCUGGACCCAGGAGGGCGGCUUCUCCCUUUCUCUGCUGCUGCGGAAGGGGCUGCCCCCAGUCAAGCGCGGAAGGCCCCUGGAGAACGGGACCCUCUGCCCAGCGGACCAGACCUCCCUCCCGGAAGAGCCCGAUGGGCAGCUUCCCCCAUGCAAGAGGAGCAGGCAGGCGCGGCAAAUUUCCAAUAGCAGUUGCAUCGAGGUGCUCAGCGCAGGGUCUUCUGAAGAAGAAGAGGGCGACGGCCUCCGCAGCCUCCCUCCUGCUCACAGCCCGACCCCUGUGGCAGACUCCACCUGGACCGACUCCCCAGGGCUGGCCCUGGUCACCAGCUCCCAGGGGAGCCCGGCUCCCAUCUGCAAGGCCAGCGUGGCGACACAGUGUGACCCCGAGGAGAUCAUCGUCCUGUCAGACUCAGACUAG